AUGGCAACCUGGGCAAGGUUAAAUUUGAUUCCAACUAUAUUGGUCUUACAGAGAAAGCUUUACCGCACGUUGAAUAACCAAAAAUCAUGUCAAAUCCAUCAGUAUAUGAAAGUACUGUCGAUUCUGGCUGGUCCUGAUGAGUCGCUGGCACAAUGCGAAAUGAAGACCAUGUCUCUGGUGGACAAGUAUAUGGAAGAUUAUACUGCUUUAUCCUACUGUUGGGAUAGCUCUCCGGAACAAUCAGUAAUAUGGAUUGAUAAUAUUAGAGUCAGUGUCGCCAUUAAUCUUGCCAAUGCUCUUAUCAGGUUCCGAAGCAUGGGAAUUGGACUGGUGUGGACCGAUGCAGUCUGUAUAAAACAGAGUGACAACCAGGAAAAAAAUGUUCAGGCCCGACUUAUGACACAGAUCUACUCAAAAGCGAAAGUAGUCUACACAUGGCUCGGAUUGGAUUCACGUGGGUUGUCAGCAUUUGCCAUGAAUUCUUUGAAGGACCUAGCAUUAUCAAAUCCUCAUCGCAUCGACUCACUAUUGGGUCGAAUAUCACGUUCGGAAUUAUUCACAUCCCUCAAUUGCGACGUUUAUUAUCGCUGCAACAUGCCAGGAUGUAGAGAGCUUACAGCCUCGCUCAGAGACUUUUUCGAUUGUGAAUACUGGGUAAGGAUGUGGAUCAUCCAGGAAAUUGCUAUGGCAUCCGGCGUUCUCUUCCUGUGCGGCGAUCCUACAUCUAUAACAUAUGACCAACUAGCUAUAGCCAUUAGGUUCCUGAGCAAUGAAUUAAAAUGUUGGGAUUGA